AAUAUGAGUUUUCCUGGAAGUCAACUUGUGUGGGCAGUUUCUAUAUUUUACUUUAUUUCAACGAAAAUAUAGAAGUCAAAAAACUUUUACUUUAGGAACCAUUGAAAUCUAAUUCCAGCAUAAACAAAGUGACUUCUUGUUUAGAAAUAUGUUUCAGUCAAAUUACAAUAUACUUAAACAUAAACGAUUUACGAAUUGUCCAACGAAAUAGGAAAUAAUAAACUCUAACCACAAAAUUUGGCUACGAAGAAUAUUUUUAUAAACAUAAAUGGAUACACUUUUGAAAAUCCCUUUCUAAGAGAGACAGCAGUAACAAUUUUUAAUGAAUUUACCAAAAAAGAAAAACAUAUGGAGCAAUAUUCAACGUCCAAGUACUUUGAAUGUGCAGACAUAAAUGGAAAGUUAUACAAACUAUGUGAUCUAUCCGAGAAGCAGAAACAAAUGUCAGUUAACCAAAUACAGCAUCAAAACCUGGGAACUUCUACAUCUCGUCAAGCAGGACAAUCCAGGGAUUCAAGAAAUUGUAUGCUUGCAGCUCCAGCAGUUUUGUAUAAGGAAACAACGAAAUUGCCAAAAAACCAGAUGCUUCGUAGAAGUGAGCGUGUUAAAUGUCGUGAGCAGAAACUAAAGGUGACCAAGGAAGUCAAUCCAAAGGACCAAGAGGAAUGCAGUCUUAAAGCUAAGAAGCCACAACCACGAAGCAAGAUCAAUUUGUUCAAACGUGCGAAUAUGAACAAAAAGAAUUAUGAUCUCAACGAGAAGGAACUUGGAUUGGCUUUUCGAAAGCAAAGACGUAAAGAUUUGGGAACGGCCAAAACACGUCAAGUAGGAAAGUUGAACAAGGAUUCGAGAAGCAGAUUAGCUAAAGAUCCACACGCUUCGUUACAAAAAGAUUUACCAUUAAUAGAUUGGGCCACAUUAAAUGCUCCUGAAAAGCCUACAGAAGCACCUGUUCUGAGAAGGAGUGCGCGAAUUCAAGAACUUAAACGCAGGAAAGAAGCUUUGGAAGCCAAAUUAAAGGAGGAUGAAAAGAAACUAAAGUCGCAGCCUAUAAAACCGCGAUCUGUGAAACGUGUCGUUCGGAAACGUAAGAACAGCAAAACUAAGGUGUUCCCUCCAUAUUUUGAAUGCGCCGAAAUAAAUGGAAAGCUUUACAAACUCUACGACGUUACCGAAGUCAUGGAAUUAGCGGAUGCUUUCCGGAAGCAACAGAAAAAGAAGCAAAAUCAAAACAGUCGACGACGCUUGGGAAAUGAAUGAAUGAAAUACCAAAUUGCAUGUUAGUAAUAUCACGCAUCUUAAAGAAUUUGUUGUAUUUGUCAGUAAAUGGUUCCAAUCAAAAUUUGGUUUUUUAGUUGAGUUUUGAGUAUAAGUCAAGUAGCCUAAUAAACAAAGUAAAUAUGCCUUUCAGAAAACAGAAUUGUUGGUAUGAUUUUUCAGUAUUUUGCCCCAAUUGUUCCGUCACUAAUCUUAUCCCACAUCAACUGAUUCCCAGAAAAGCAUUUACGAUGUGUUCGGGGGUGAUAUCACCUGAGAACGAGUGACAGACUUGCACAAUUUUACCCGUUGAAGUCACACAAACAGUAAGGCUUCCGAACUGUGCGGUUAUCAGACAGGUGAUAAACAAACUCAGCCCUGAUACUACAGUUUUGUACGCUAUAUCUAUAUUAUUGUGUUUGUCAAACUCGGAGCGGAGGCCUCGCUGGACUAACGAAGUACACACGUAUCUCCAGAUAGUGUCACGCUGCAAACACGGCCACUCAAAGCCAGAUCUCUCACCUUGAACCAAAACGGCAACUUGUAAUCCCCCAGACUUAAGCUGCUCAUAUAUUUGAGCAUCUGAGAAUCAGAUAAAAGCAGAGUGCCGCAGGAGGAGCUCAGCCCAAGCAGCGCAUUCAAAAUUAAUCUGCGGCGGCAAUAAUUUCCGAUUUUUUGUGCUCGCAUGAAAAUCCCAAGCAUGUCAAAUUGUAUUCCAUUCAAGCAGCAAAAUGAGAAAAAUAAAAGCGAGCGCGAGAAGGAAAGAAAAAUGCCCACAUUGAGCCGACUGUCAAGAGAUCUUAACGAAACCAGAGAAAAUAAAAACCGAUCCUGCCAAAGAAGACACACUCAUAAAAAUCAAGUAAGAAAAUGUCAUGGGAAAGUAAAUCGACUUAAGGAUGCUCUGCACAGAUUUCAUAAGAUAACAACUUUAAGUUUGAUUUUAAUAGGAAUUGAAAUAUCUAUUAAAAAUAUAAAAUUAGGAAGAACUUUGUCAUGUGUGUUUCUCUUAACCUUUUGAAAUGUUAGAACUGGAAAACAUCUUUACCAUUACUACUUUAAUGCUUGAUUUUAGUCUUAAAUAAAAUAAACGGUUUCAUACAACAAUUCUAAGAGCCUUAAAACUAAUUUGUUUUGUUUUAUCCUUCUUUAAACCAUGAUAGUCAAGUCUUCAAUAUUUUAAUUAUUUUUCAUAUCCUUCAACAAAGUAUUAUUUGAGAAAUAUACCUUCUACAAUAUUUUAUUUUAGUUAAUUCUACUAUUUAUAGAUUUAGAUAACGAUUUCAUCCAACCUUGCUUUAUACCCUCGUGUUCCGUAAGUACCUGGUACAAAAAAAAAGAGAUUUACAAAAAAAAACAAAAUAAUAAAGAACGCAGGGCUUUGGAGCUGUCAGUCGUCGAGGUCCCAGAACGCGGUCUACGAAAUUCAAAAGGCCAGCAGCUUCAGCUUCAGCUUUAGCUUGAGCGUCGGUUCGGGCCAAGUGAGAAAACCAAGCGCGACACCAACACCAAAAACCGGCUGUGGGAAGAAUCCCCCACCCCCUCCCCACCUAUCUGCCUCUCGUUCUUUCGGCACUGCCCAUCUCGCUCCCACACUCUCCUGACGUGGGGCCGCCAUUGGGAAUUGAAUUGGAUUUCCAGUCAACGUUGAAAUUUCAGUUUGGCUGCCUUUUCGAAGGUGUGAAGAAAAAAUAAAAACACAAAGGCAACAACAACAACAAAAGCGACCGGGCACAGCACGAAAUUCUGAAAAACUCCAGGAACCAAAAGCCAAACCAAAACGAAACGAAAUCAACUGAAGAUCUGCAGGAAGCUGCACAGCAGAGCAGAAAAACAACAGAAAACUGGAUUGGGCCUCGUUUUCCAAAGACGGAGCAGCAACAACUGCAACAACAACAACUGCAGAACCGGGCAGAAAGAGGAAGAGAUUCUGGGAUUUCACUUGCAUUGUUACUGGAUAUGAUCGGUCAAAUAUAUGUACACAUAUAUAUGUUA